GGUAGUAUAGUGAAAAUGCUAUUUAACGUUGAUGUUUGUAAAUGUUAUUUACAAAGAAUGAGAACUAUAGUGUGAGUUGCAUAAGCCAGUAUACUAAAGACACAAUACUGUAAGUGCCUUGUUAUGAAGUACUUUUAAUAUCUACAAUGUCAAACAAGGGGAUCACCUCGGCCAUUCAAGCUACGUACAAAUGCACCGCAUGCAAAACCUCGACUCUGGACAAAUGUGCAUACAUCACACACAUCUUGGGGAAAAAACAUCAAAAGCAACUCAAAAGCAAAAAUUUACCACAACCAAAUGAUGAACACAAUCGCACCAUCCAUGUAACAGGGUAUGAUCGUUCCACUCCUGUUGAGGCGGUUCUUGGAGUCUUUUUGCAGUAUGGAGUGCGGAAUAUCAACCACCAUUAUAACUACAGUUUCAUUGAGUUCGAGUCAGUGGAUAUGGUCAAGAAAGUGCUGAGAGAAUCUCACUACUGCAGAGACACCCGCUUGCAGGUAUCUGCUAGUCACCGUAAAAGCCACAACCAGAGCACAGGCGAUAGUAUGGUAACAAUCAGCACAAGUCUUAGUGAAAAGCUGAAGGAACGAGUUAAGGGACGACAGUUGGACCUCUUGAUUGAUAAUCUGAUUCGCGAGAUUGAGCUGAAGCCAGAAGAUUAUAGGAUACGGGAAUACCUCAGGAGCAGGAUGGUGCAGUUUUUGAUGCGUGGUUUUCCCCGUGUAUUUGGAUUUGUCUUUGGAUCCUCGGCAAACAAUUUGGGUUUCAAAGGAUGUGAUGUUGAUAUGUAUGUUGAUAUUGGGGUCAAUCCGUGGGCAUCGUGUUACUCUAGAGCCGAAGCCGAAAGUAAAGCAAGUGACUUGACGUUUUAUCUUGCACGAGAGAUUAGGCAAUCAAAAAUGGGCAUCAAGGUUCAGGCAGUCGCCAGAGCACGUGUGCCUAUUGUGAAAUUUCAAGAUGCCAAUACUGGGCUGUUGGUUGACCUGUCUUUCCGACAUGGCAUGCCUGUGUACAACACACAACUCAUCUACAGUUAUUCAAAGGCACAUCCUUUGGUCCGACCAUACUUGAUGCUUGUCAGGUACUGGGCCAAGAUACAGGGUGUGGCAGGUGGAGGGCAACCAUCAUUUCUCAUAACUAAUUAUGCUUUAACCAUGCUUAUGCUUUUCUACUUGAUGUCAAGAGAUGAUCCUAUAAUUCCAUGCGUAUCAGAUCUAAAGGAGAACCAAACACCAGAGCUUGACUCUGUCAUUGGUGGCUGGGACUGUUCUUUUAAUAGAGAUAUGAGUGAGUGGAAUAAAAGAACACACAAUGUGACUGUUAUGGAGCUUGCCAGAGACUUCUUUACCUUUUAUGGGAAUCUUGAAGCCUCAAAAUGGGUCAUUAGUCCAUUGGCUGGAAAAUUGAUUGAUAAGAAUGAUUUCAAAGAUAAAGAAUUAAGAAAACUUCCCAUUUGUAUGACCUGGUAUUGCCGACAAAAUGUUGAAAUUCAGUUGAACACAGCACUGUGCCUCCAGGAUCCUUUUGAGCAUAGCCAUAACUGUACCAGGGGACUGCGAGAAGGGCCUCUUGCAGAGUUCCAGUACAAGUGCCGUAAAGCUGCAGAAAUUUGUGAUAAUAUAGUAAAAGGACAACAGUCAUUGAGUGACUUCCUUAAAACAAUUGAAAUUUCACCAAAUGUACUUAAAGAAAUCUGCUCAAGUGUUUCUCCUAAGGAAAUGGAUCAAUCUGUUGAAGAAAUAAUAACACUUGACGACUCGGAUUGUGCUUCUCAGGAUUCUAUUGAAGUUCUGAAUUUGUCUUCAGAAAAAGAAAGUGAAUCGGGUACAAGUCCUAAAUCCAAACGCACAUCUCGAUUAUCAAAGGAUAUUACCAAAAUUAAUAAUUUGUCUGAAAAUGAAGAUGUAAUUAUAGUUAUUUCUGGAGAUUCACGAGAAGUAUUAACAAAAAGCAUAAAGAAUGGUUCAACAUCCACAAAAACAGAAGUGUCAGAAAACGGUGUUGAUGAGAGCAAGGAAGGUUCUGAUGUAUCAAUAAUACUACCAGAAGUUGAACCAGAAAAGAAAAUUUAUAAAUUUCCACUUUUAUUUUCUCAAAUUCCUGAGUUUAGUAUCACAUUUGAUGGUGCAGUGUCUGGUGGAAAAGGUAUCAUGACUGCUGCAGAUGACAUAGGACAUGCUGCUUGCUCAAUAGUUCACUUUGCAUUGCAGCAAUGCUUGAAAGUUGAUGUCUCUGUAAUUGAGGCUUUUAUGGGUGACCGAAAAAGGAAGUCCUUUACACAAGAUGACAACUCUGACACAGGAAAACGUAUCAAGGGAGCGGAUGGAGAAAGUGUUCCAAUACUCACCAAGUUCCGUAGAUUAUCCCAGUACCACUGUGUGGCAGUAUCUCAGUUGUGGGUUGGAAGAAAGAAAAUAUCAAAAAGGGUUCCAAUGGGGAAGAAUGUCACUCCCCUCCAGUAUGAACUGGCUGUCACUGAAGUUCAGAUCAGUGAUUCUGGUGUGAUGAUCAGUUCAAAUUCACAAGCUGAUUCCGACAAGCUAAACUUUAUUAUUGAGUUGUGGCAGAAGUGUAAUGAACCUAGUAACAUUCUUGUGACUGGAGAUUCAAGAUCAAAUUUGAAAGUAACUCGUGCUCAGAUGAUUCCCAUGUUUACCUAUCUUACAUCACUGACCCAGAGUCUUCUGAGAAAAGUGAUGCUUUAUGUUGUUGGUACAGCAUCAAAAAGAUAGUGAAAGUAUCAGGAUUUAUCCAAUCUUAUGUGGUGGUAUAUUUUGUCAUUUUAUAGUUUGUACAAGAAACAGGUGUGAUUAAAAUGCUACUGUGAUGGGAUAUCCUGGAAACUAAUGAGUGAAUGUGUUAUUCUACAUUAUAGUGUGUAAUAGGACAGAAAAGGACAAUAUGUAAUCAGGAUGAUCUGUACAUUAAACAAGAUUACUAAUGUAUGAUUGACAGUGAUAUCUUUUAUGGUGGGACAUUGACAAUUCUGGUAUUGAUGCUGAACACUUGCCAUAUUUGUAGGUAAUAUUUUUAUCUCCAUCUUGUGUGCAUAGUUGUUCCUAUUUGUUGAUAUAACUUAAUAUCAACAACUAAUGUACAUAUUUUCCCAGGUGCAACAUUGAAUGGGCAGUUAUAGGGUAUAAAAGUAAUUGAAAAUAUUAGUUUGUCAAACUGGGAUAUUUUCAGGCAUAUAAGAUGACCGAGUGAAAUAAUACUAGAGGAUUGUUAAAAUGGAUUAUAUUUAGUGCUAUCUGGAUAUCUAUAAUUAAUUUAUACUGUCUCGGUUUCCUUUAAGACAAAAAAAUGGUAAACCUGCUUGUUGAGAUAUGUAAAAUGUGGUCGGUUCAAACAUUGUACCUGAUACUAUCCAGCUUUUCUCUUCAUGCAGUUGUGUGUAUAUAUACUUGCCUAGAUGUGCUUGCAGGGAUUAUAGCUCGGCUCCAAAUAGUGUAUUCUUAGAUUAAUGUAAUGAUUUAGUUCCCCACCUUUUUUUUAUUAUUUACUUUUAAAAUUUUGUAUUGCAUUAGCUUGAAUGACAGGCAUGAUGCCUCUUGAUAAUUACACAGAAAUCACAAUAGUGUAAUGCAUCAAAUGAGCAAAUCCACAAGGGACCCCUUGUGGAUUUGUUCAUUUGAUGCAUCACGCUAUUGUGAUUUCUGUGUGUAAUGAAGUAAGGGCGAAGAGGUAGAACAGCCUAUUGACAGAGCUCGGGUGCAUGGAGAAUGCUCUACAAGGCUAAAAGCAUAUAAACUCCAAAAUUUGGGUACAUGGGGGAAUUUUGUAAAACUCUGGUUUGUGUCUCUGAGAGACUGCAGGAUCUGUGGUAGGUCAGGAUGAUUUCCCAGUUGCAAUUCUUUUACCAUGUUGUAGCCCAGUCGAUUAAGGCAGCGUCUGGGAUCCUCUCUGACGUAGGUUUGAAGCCUCGUCACGGCCCUUGUGGAUUUGUUCUCUUGAUAAUUACUUCUGAAAGUGAACUUUAACGACUUCAUUAACCAAUUUCACUCAUUGAUGGCUGUCAGUAAAGCAAUUCUUUUUUGUAAAGUUUGCAUUCAUGUCCCCACUCGUUCUGGUGAUGAUAUAUUUGAACAAUGCUUUGGCUAUUCCCCUAUAGUGUCUUAUCAUUUUCCUCACCCUUUUCUUGUCACAAAAGCCCUGAGAAAAAGCAUUGUUACAUAACUAUUCUUUUUUGUAAUUUAGACUUGUACAUAUUCAGGUGUGGGGAAAAGGGGGGUGUAGACCUGCGAGUUAGUCGGUGAGUGAGUGAGCGAGUGAGCAUAUGAGAGUGCAAGUUGUGGUCUGUAGUGUUUGCGUGUAUUGUAACAUUAUCAUCCCUAAAUAAGGACAGCUUACUAUUUUUUUAAAUUGAAAUUUAAUUAAAAUUCUUUUGUAAUAAAAGUUGCAGGAUGAGAAGUGAGGAUAAGAGAUUCGAUGAAUACAGGUACAGUAUAUUGAUGAAUAUGUACUCAAUGAAUAUAUAGCAAGACACUAUGGUUUCUGAAUGCAAAUGUUGUUCCAUAGCAUUAAAAAUAAUUAUUUUUCCAUGAUAUAGAUGCAGUGUGAGGAAAGCAGUGUAGCAAUAAUAUACAUGCACACCCUGUAAACUAGAAAAUGCCAGCCAACAUACAGGCAAAACUGGGAGGAAGCUGGUGGCUAUAAUUUGUGCAGCAUCAGUUACCCGUUGUCAUGUCCAGGCUAGGGAUUAGAUAUGGUUAGGUUUCAAUAGUUCCCCAAUUUUAAACCUUUGAACUUUGUUAAAGUACAUUACUUUAUGUAUUUAAAGAGGUUAAAUAACCAUUUUUUAAUGAAAGCUAAACUCAUCACUCAAUGGUACUUUUAUUGAUUAUACCAAAACUGUAGUUCUUGCUUAUUAUUUAAGAUGAAUUAGGUACGAAGUAUAUUUAAUGUGAAAUAGUAGGUCAUGCUUAUUGAAAUAUCAUAAUGUGUUUACAAAAUAACUUUUCUGUUCUUUUAAAGAAUCCUUUAUAUUUUAUAUUGGAAUUAUUAUGGCUGUGUUAUGUUUUAUAAUGUUAGUGAUUAGCCUUUUUUUAAAUGAGCUCGUGAGUAAGAUAGUGGAAAUCAUUU